AUGCAAGUCGCAGCCCCUUUGGCUAGGUCGGUCACUCGUGCUGCAGUAUCAUCAACCUCUCGCAUCCCACAUCUCGAAUACCACAUCUCAAGACGAGUGCGAGGAGCUCGCAACCCGACCGAAACUGUUCGCCGACACAAUCACAGCAUAACCACCAGCCCUGCUCUGGGCUUUUCACCCUUCCAAUCUCAACAUGAUCAUGUCGAUACACCAGCAGACGAUGAGUCUCAUGCUAUCAACACCCAGAUCUACACCGAAACACCAUACACCCACACUCCAGUCCAGUCCAGUAGCGAGCUGAACUCCAUUUCGGCCUCUGAUAUUUCUGUCUCUGAUCUGCUUGACGAAGCAUGUCCCGAACGUCUCCUAUCCUGGUUGACUGUUCAUCCUCAAGGGCACGCCUUCUGUGCCACCGCCAACGAGGCCGAUUUCGAACGAGCCUUCACGAGCCUUGAUCCCGACGUCUUUCUCGAUCAUUUCAAGGCUGCUAGCAAACUCGGCGAAGGCCUGGUCGAGGCGGGCAAACACAAUGACAUAACCUUCCAGAGAUCUCUCGUCGCUCGCCUGCGACGCUUCGGCAAACAUAUUUCCCAAAUCCUCCACAGACGUCAGGAGAACAACUGGCCCCUCCCUCUGCCCAUCUGUCGCCAUGUCAUGCGCUGUGCUGCUGCUGUUGGUGAUGCCAAUAUUGCUAGAUGGUUUUGGCGUCAUGUCAUGCCCUCACAAAAUCUCCUUCCUGACCUAGAAUGCUACAACGCUUACAUGCGCGCCCUCAACUGGCAUUCGUUUUAUUCCGAGCUCUCCUCUACCGGCUCUCGCAAUUAUACACAGAACCUCGAACUGCGUGCAAAGAAAUGGAGACCAAAGAGACUGCGUGGCUACGCUGUCAGUCCCCAAACUCCCGAUGCCUUGUGGACAUUACGUGGGAGAGUCCUAGCUCUGUUCGUUGACAUCAGCUCCCGGAAAUUGGUCACCAACGAAGACACCUUCAUCAACCUUAUUACGGGUAUGGCACGAGCUGGAGAUCUUAUAGGCGUCAAUAGUAUCCUCAAAUCCGUGUGGAACAUUGAUGUCGACGCCCUAGCCAAGUACGACGAGGAAGAGCUCCAAAGCCCAACUUUCUAUCAGGAAGACCAUCCAUUACGGCCCUCUCACCGCUUGCUAUAUGCCAUUGUCCAUGCUUACUCGAUCAACAACGCCAUCGACAAGGCUAUCUUCCUCCUUGACUAUACCUCGAGAAACUACGUCCUUGACAUACCUGUCUAUAUUUGGGAAGAAGUGUUGGAACGGGCAUUUCUCCUCAGCAUACGAAGGAAUCCAACCGAGGUUAGACAGGGUCAAGGCCAAGGUCAAAUACCCGCCCAGAUCUUCAGGGCUGUGUACGACAAAAUCAGUGAUGCUCCUUACAAUAUACAGCCUACAGCCUUCAUGCGCUUGUUGCUUGCUAAAAGCUACCGAGAUAGACGUUCAUUGGAUGCCACCCUUGAUGUUCUUCGUUCCAUGGUCCAAACGUUGACUUCGCAUCUUGAGGAGCUCAAGCUAAUGGUUCGCACGAUCGAGGCUAUGGCCGAAUCUCCAUCGACUUUCAUCGACAACAAUAUCUUGUCUGCAAAAUUCAUUGAGUUCAGACGUGACUAUCAGCGACUUUAUCUAUCCACCACCAGCCAAUACGGCUUGCUCCUCCGUCAAGUAUACCGUGUCUUGAAAGAGCCCCGUUGGUCUGGCAGUCACAACGAGACCAGCUGGCACAGCCGACGACUACCGCAACUUAUUGAAGAGUUUCAGGAUUUCAUUCCUGAAUUCCUCAUCUAUAAAACUCCAAAAGGCCAGGUCAUAAUCCGUCUUCACGACGACGAUAUGAACAGUCACGAGGUUGACCUCGAUGAGGUCAAAUCUAAUGAACUCGGUAACGAUGAUAGCCACUUCUCCGAGGAGCUGCUUGAUUCCAAUAUAGCUGCGCCCAAGGGCGUUCUUGCACAGGCCACGGUCAUUUGGAAUGCCUUGGACCACGAUGAUUUGUCUAUUGUGGCCCAUAAUCUCAGCAUGCUAAGAUCUAAGGAAGUGUCAACAAUGAUAAGACGAGUGCAGUCAAAUCGGACUGUAAACAUGUGGUAG